UAUACAUUUGAUGUUCCAGUCUUCUCUCUCCUCUUUCUUUCUCUCUCUAGGGUUUCAAAAGCGCCGCUUUUCGCCCUGUUUUCGCUGAUCGGAGUGUGUUUGAUAACUUAAUCAUCAGUUCCCUCAAAACAGUGUUUACCUAAACGUUAUGGCAUUGGAAGUUACCCAAAUUUUGUUAAGUGCACAAUCAGUUGAUGGAUCUGUUCGUAAGCAUGCUGAAGAAAGUUUAAAGCAAUUUCAGGAGCAAAAUCUAUCUGGGUUUCUAUUAUCUCUAUCUGGAGAACUUGCUAAUGAUGAGAAGCCUGUUGAUAGUCGUAAACUCGCCGGUUUGAUUCUGAAAAAUGCAUUGGAUGCAAAAGAGCAACAUAGAAGAUACGAGCUAAUACAAAGAUGGUUAUCACUAGACGUUGGUGUUAAGUCACAAAUUAAGUCAUACUUGUUGCAGACACUCACGUCUACUGUUUACGAGGCACGGUCCACUGCAUCUCAGGUUAUUGCUAAGGUUGCCGGCAUAGAAUUGCCACAAAAACAAUGGCCUGAGCUUAUUGGUUCACUUUUAUCAAGUAUUCACCAAGUUCCUUCUCAUGUCAAGCAAGCUACUUUAGAAACACUUGGUUAUUUGUGUGAAGAAGUUUCUCCAGAUGCUGUAGAGCAAGAUCAUGUGAAUAAAAUACUCACAGCUGUAGUUCAAGGUAUGAAUGCAACUGAGGCAAGCAAUGAUGUGAGGCUUGCUGCAACAAGAGCUUUGUAUAACGCUCUCGGUUUCGCUCAAGCAAAUUUCACUAACGAUAUGGAGCGUGAUUACAUUAUGAGAGUUGUUUGUGAAGCAACACUUUCGCAAGAAGUAAAAAUCCGACAAGCUGCUUUUGAGUGUUUGGUUUCUAUUUCAUCAAGCUACUAUGAGAAGUUGGGUCCGUACAUGCAAGACAUCUUCAACAUUACUGCUAAAGCUGUAAAAGAAGAUGAAGAACCAGUAGCUUUACAAGCCAUUGAAUUUUGGAGCUCAAUAUGCGACGAAGAAAUAGAUAUAUUGGAAGAAUAUGGUGGUGAUUUCAGUACCGCUGUUUCUGAUAUUCCUUGUUUUUACUUUAUAAAACAAGCUCUUCCUGCACUUGUACCCAUGCUUCUAGAAACUUUACUGAAGCAAGAAGAAGACCAAGAUCAAGACGAGGGUGCGUGGAAUUUAGCCAUGGCUGGUGGCACGUGUUUAGGUUUGGUGGCUCGAACCGUAGGUAAUGAUAUCGUUCCACUUGUCAUGCCGUUUAUCGAAGAAAAUAUAACCAAACCUGAUUGGAGGCAAAGAGAAGGUGCUACUUAUGCAUUUGGUUCCAUUCUUGAAGGCCCCUCUCCGAACCAGUUAGUUCCACUCGUAAACGUUGCGCUGAAUUUCAUGUUGACCGCUUUGACCAAAGAUCCCAACAACCAUGUUAAAGACACCACUGCUUGGACACUUGGGAGAAUAUUCGAGUUUCUUCAUGGCUCGACUAUGGAGACCCCUAUAAUUACUGCAGCAAAUUGCCAACAAAUUAUUACAGUUCUAUUGCAAAGCAUGAAGGAUGCACCAAAUGUGGCUGAGAAAUCUUGUGGGGCCCUUUAUUUUCUUGCACAAGGUUUCGAGGACAUGGGCCCGUCUCCUUUGACUCCGUUUUUUCAGGAAAUUGUUCAAUCUCUUUUGACAGUUACUCACAGAGAAGAUGCUGGAGAGUCUCGAUUAAGAACUGCUGCUUAUGAAACGUUAAACGAAGUUGUGAGGUGUUCUACUGAUGAAACAGUUCCUAUGGUGUUACAGUUGGCACCUAUUAUCAUGAUGGAACUCCACAAAACACUUGAAGAACAAAAACUUUCCUCUGAUGAAAGAGAAAAGCAAAACGAGUUGCAAGGCUUACUGUGUGGGUGCUUGCAGGUGAUCAUUCAGAAACUUGCAUCAUCAGCAGAUGCAACAAAAUACGCUUUCAUGCAAUAUGCAGAUCAGAUCAUGAAUCUUUUCCUUAGGGUUUUCGCUUGUCGAAGUGCCACAGUUCAUGAAGAAGCCAUGCUUGCUAUCGGAGCUCUCGCUUAUGCAACGGGGCCCGAUUUUGCAAAAUACAUGCCGGAUUUCUACAAGUAUCUCGAAAUGGGUCUUCAAAAUUUUGAAGAAUAUCAAGUGUGUGCGGUUACUGUAGGUGUGGUCGGUGAUAUUUGUAGGGCACUGGAUGAGAAGGUGUUGCCAUGGUGUGACGGGAUCAUGACUCAGCUUCUUAAAGAUUUAUCAAGCAAUCAGUUGCAUCGAUCUGUCAAGCCUCCGAUUUUUUCGUGUUUUGGUGAUAUCUCACUUGCAAUUGGAGAGAAUUUUGAAAAGUAUUUGAUGUAUGCUAUGCCUAUGCUUCAAAGUGCAGCUGAACUGUCUUCACACACUUCUGGUGCUGAUGAUGAAAUGAUCGAGUACACCAAUCUUUUGAGAAAUGGUAUUUUGGAGGCUUAUUCGGGGAUAUUUCAGGGUUUCAAGAACUCCCCUAAAACCCAGUUGCUGAUUCCGUAUGCUCCACAUAUUCUCCAGUUUCUGGAUCUUAUUUACAUGGAGAAAGACAUGGAUGAAGUGGUGAUGAAAACUGCAAUUGGUGUUCUUGGAGAUUUAGCUGAUACUCUUGGAAGUAAUGCUGGGUCGUUAAUUCAACAAUCUCUUUCAAGCAAAGAUUUUCUGAAUGAGUGUUUGUCUUCAGAUGAUCAUUUGAUCAAGGAAUCUGCUGAGUGGGCCAAGCUGGCCAUCAGUCGGGCCAUUUCUGUUUAAGGCUCUGUCUGUUGGUACAUACUCUUUUUUUUCCUUUUCAUGUAGAAGUCCGUGCAUGCAUAUGGUCGAGUCGGGGUCAGGGUUAAAGUCCAAAAUUGCAUUCAACGGUCGGGUCAGGUCAAGUCAAGCUGGUAUGCGCUUGCUUCAUGGGAGUUUCGGGUGAUCAACUUGUCACCCGGUGCGAAAUAGUAAUAUUUCUGGAAAUCAGGGCUGGAGUCGAGUCUGAUUCAACAUGUUAUCCUAGUGGUGGCAUACAGUGGCUUUGGUCAUCGGGGUAUAGGUCACAAAGAACACAUCAUGGGUGGGUGUCGGUUGGGGGGGGGGGGGGGGGGAGCACACAUUUUAGGCACACAUUGCAUUUUGCAUCAUACAUUUUUUUUCUUUUUCAUUCAUACCAUCUUUUUAAAAUCUUUUUAUUUUUAGGGUGUCGGUUUUGAGUCUUGCAUUAGUCGUUCUCGUGUGUGUGUGUCACAUACAUUCGAGAAGUUGAAAAGAGUUUUUGCAUUGUCUGUUUUCAUCAGUAGGUUUUCCGUUUCAAGUUAUUGAAAUACAAUGGAUUCAUGAAAGAAAAGGUUGAAGCAUAUAUGUUUUGAAAAGUGUAAAUCCUAUUUUGAUUCCCAAAUUGUAGUAAAUUGGCAUUUUAUAGAGGAAAUGUCACACCUUGUGAUGAAAUUUGUGUGGGAAUAGAGGAUUUUUAUUAAGGUUGGUUGUUGCUUGGUAGGAGAUGGAUUACUUUUUGUAAUUUUGGGCUAUGGUAUUUUUAUUAUUUUGCUAUCAAGUGAAACAUUACAACAACCUCAUAUGGAUUUGUGUGAAUGCCAAAGUUUAUUUGUACUGGUUUCUUUCCGGUUUUA